AUGACGGUCCUCUCGAUCCUCUCCUUGCCUUUUGUCGCGCUCCUCAUCUCGUUAUGGAGCUCGUCGGCGAUUGCUUCAGAUUAUCAUGAGAACUUGCUCCUACAACCUCUACCGCAAUCUUCCCUCCUAGCAUCAUUCAACUUCCGGAGUAAUACAUCGCAACAAUCAUUCGACCAACAGCACUUUAGAUAUUUGCCCCGCGCGCUUGGUCAAAUCCUGCAGCACGCUCACACCAAAGAACUACACCUGCGGUUUACCACGGGACGAUGGGAUGCCGAAAGCUGGGGGCCACGGCCAUGGAACGGGAGCAAAGAAGGUGGCACCGGCGUGGAGCUUUGGGCGUGGAUUGAUGCGCCAAGCGAUGAUGAGGCUUUUGCCAAAUGGAUCACCCUGACUCAAUCCCUCUCCGGUUUGUUCUGCGCCUCGUUGAACUUUGUAGAUUCGACACGCACCACUCGGCCUGUGGUUUCUUUCGAGCCCACUGGGGACCACUCAGCGGCUGAUGAACUUCACCUGCUGCAUGGAACUCUCCCCGGCGAGGUUGUUUGCACAGAGAACUUAACCCCUUUCUUGAAGUUGCUUCCAUGCAAAGGAAAGGCGGGUAUUUCCACCUUAUUCGAUGGCCAUAAGUUGUUUGAUGCAGCAUGGCAGAGUAUGUCAGUGGAUAUUCAGCCAGUCUGUUCUCCGGAGGGAGAAUGUGUGGUCCAGAUCGAGCAAACAGUGGAUAUGGUCUUGGAUAUUGACCGGUCAAAGCGACCUCGAUCCAACCCAAUCCCUCGACCUGUGCCUAAUGACCAGUUGGUCUGUGACACCUCCAAACCUUACCAUGCAGAUGACACCUGUUACCCGCUGGAAAAGAUGAACGACAAGGCUUGGAGUCUAACGGAAAUCUUUGGUCGGAGCCUGACUGGCGUUUGCCCUCUUGCAGACUCCGAUAGCUCUAGUGAGCAAAGUGUCUGUCUUCGUGUUCCUCACGAACGGGGAGUCUUUAUAUCUGAGGCAGCCGAAGAAAUCAAAAAGGAUGAUGGUUUCACGCGCUGCUUCAAGUUGGCACCAUCGACAUCCUUUGAUCUCUCAAUUCCACAGCAACCAGUGAACACGAAAGUUCCAUUGGACGAGCCUGUUCUUCAUGCCGAGCGAACUAUCGUUGGUCACGGCCAGGAGCGUGGUGGAAUGCGCAUCAUUUUUGGCAACCCAUCCAACACCAGCGCCGUCGAUUUCAUUUACUUCGAGUCCCUCCCAUGGUUCCUGCGGCCAUAUAUUCAUACCUUGCAUGCAACCAUCACAGAGAGCAACGGACUCCCACGCGAGAUCCCAGCCUCCGAUAUCAUCAAGGAGACCUACUACCGUCCUGCCAUUGACCGUGAGCGUGGAACACAAUUGGAACUUGCGCUCUCUGUUCCGGCCGCAUCGACUGUCACCCUCACAUACGAUUUUGAAAAAGCCAUUCUGCGGUACACCGAGUACCCGCCAGAUGCCAACCGCGGAUUCAAUGUUGCACCUGCAGUUAUCCGCAUCUUGGACAAGGCCCACAAUGCGCCGGUUUAUAUCCGCUCUACAAGUCUUCUUCUUCAACUACCCACCCCGGAUUUCAGCAUGCCGUACAAUGUGAUUAUCCUCACUAGUACUGUCAUUGCGCUUGCUUUCGGGACCGUUUUCAACAUUCUAGUGCGGCGCGUGGUCUCCUUGGAUGAGGCUGAAGCCCUUGGAGCCCAGAGUUUGAAGGGCAAGCUACUAGGCAAAUUAGUGGCUUUGCGUGAUCGAUUCCGCGAGAAAGAUACCAAGGUCGAGUAG